UUAUCAUAACAACUAGGGAUCAACAUUUGCUUCAUGCCCAUGGAGUUGAGUUCACAUACCAAGUGAAGGAGUUAGAAUCUGAUGAAGCUUUGGAACUCUUCAGUUCUAAUGCCAAGGGACUCCAUUAAUCCAAAAAAAUAUGGUUCAUUUUUAUAUGGGAAAAGUAUUGCAGCGUGGCUCUCUGUAAUAGAAAGAGUCAAAACAGCUCCUGCCUCAUAUAUUCUUAAAAAUCUUCAGGUGCCUGACUUUAAAAAAAUUAAACCACCAACCCUGCAAAGCAAGGGACUAAAUGAAGUUGGAAGCCUUGAAAUGCCUGAAGCUGACAAGUCUGAAGCUGACGACGUCGAGGGAACAAUUGGAAUUCAACGCCAAGAAAGUUUGCCUGAGCAACCAGAUGGGAUAUGGUCUAGUGCUAGAAGCUUCUUAAGUGAGGUAUUUACAGCGGAGUGGAUGUUUUUAAUCGUUAGCCUGAUGCUAGAGAUCUUUUCAGCUAUAUGUGAUCAGCUUUCCUCCCCAAGAAAGCCCCUCUAUGCACUCUUUGGUAUGGGGCUGGCUAUUAUGGCUCUAGCCACUUGCAUCUGGGAAUUCAUUCACAAAGGCAGAGGAAAAGUUCAAUUUGGCAAGUGCGGAAAAUUUCUGUGGUGGUUUUAUUGUCCAUGUUCAGGCACCCUUUUUGGUACUUUCCCUGAGAUUUGUGGAUUAAUUUAUGCAAUCACUCAGUGGGCUUCCUCCAUGGUUCAGCUCGCGUGCGUGCUUCGGCAUAAGGACAAUCCUUUCAAGGGAACAAUUGGAAUUCAACGCCAGGAAAGUUUGCCUGAGCAACCAGAUGGGAUAUGGUCUAGUGCUAAAAGCUCCUUAAAUAAGGCAUUUUCAGCGGAGUGGAUGUUUUUAAUCGUUAGCCUGAUGCUAGAGAUCUUUUCAGCUAUAUGUGAUCAGCUUUCCUCCCCAAGAAAGCCCCUCUAUGCACUCUUUGGUAUGGGGCUGGCUAUUAUGGCUCUAGCCACUUGCAUCUCGGAAUUCAUUCACAAAGGCAGAAGAGGAAAAGUUGAAUUUGGCAAGUGCGGAAAAUUGCUGUGGUGGUUUUAUUGUCCAUGUUCAGUCACCCUUUUUGGUACUUUCCCUGAGAUUUGUGGAUUAAUUUAUGCAAUCACUCAGUGGGCUUCCUCCAUGGUUCAGCUUGUGUGCGUGCUUCGGCAUAAGGACAAUCCUUUCAAAGUAAACAUUUUGCCUGUCCUCUUUCUUGUGUGUUUGGUUGUUUCAAAAUUAAUUCGGAAUGCAAGGGGCAGUACAACCAGUGAGAUGGAAUUGGAAGCCAUCGCUGUUGACCCUUGAUCUGGACUACGAACUUGUAAUGUCUUUGUAACUUUGCAGCUUAAAAGACUCUGUUUGUCAUGCCCAGCAAAAUUUUGACGUGCA